CACAUAACUGUAUACGUAUAUGACUAGAGGUCGUUUAGCAGUAACCCGUUCUUCAAUCAAAGCACACCCUGUAAACUCGGAAGCAACUCCGAGUUAGGGUUUCCGAGUGGGCAUGGCCGAUUUCCAAACCUCCACUCACCGAUCUAAGUGGAUCUUCACUCCUCAAGACCUGAUUGAAAAGUACAAAGCUGCCAAUCAGAGAGCAAAACAAACAUUGGAGAAGGAUCUUCAUGAAGAUCAUUGGAGAGGUGGUACCAUAAUCUCAAGAUGCCUUUGUGGAGGACACAUAGAUUUUAGAUGCUGCUUUAAUAGCGAGCGAGGCAAUAGAUUCCAGGAGGGGGAUCUCAAAUGCAAGUAUGGAGUAACACGCAUUGAAGUAGAUGCUGAUGGGUCAUUGCAAUACCCUGAACCUCAAAUUAGUGCAAAAGACAAUGCUGAAAAGCGUUCUCGACCCAAACCACUUAAUUUUGAAGAAGAACGAUUUAUGCGGUCAUUCUAUGAGUAUAAGAUUCAAGAAGUAUGUGCAGCCUUCUCUUUCCCUCACAAAAUUCAGGCAACAGCUCUCAUAUACUACAAAAGGUUUUAUCUGCAGUGGUCGGUCAUGGAACAUCACCCAAAACACAUAAUGUUAACCUGCAUAUAUGCAGCUUGUAAGAUAGAAGAAAACCAUGUAUCAGCGGAGGAGCUCGGUAAGGGGAUUGCACAAGAUCACCAAAUGAUUCUCAAUAAUGAGAUGAUAGUUCUUCAGAGUCUAGAUUUUGAUCUUAUUGUUUUUGCACCAUAUCGUUCAGUUGAAGGUUUUGUUGAUGACAUGGAGGAGUUCUGCCAAGCAAAAAAUGACCGGCUUCAAAUGUUGAAGGAUUUGCACAAAACUGCAAAGAUGGAAGUAGACAAGACCAUGCUCACAGAUGCGCCACUUCUAUUCCCUCCUGGCCAGUUGGCAUUGGCUGCUUUGCGGAGGUCAAAUGAGGUGCACCAAGUUCUUGACUUCGAGAGAUAUCUGAGCAGCAUCCUCUCUCGACAGGAUUUUUCACACGCCUUCUCAGAGCUCACUGAAUCUCUAAACGCAAUAGAUUCUUGGGUAAUGAAACAUCAAGUCCCUACCACUGAAGACAUGAAGCAUAUUGAUCGAAAACUGAAAUUUUGUUUGGAUCCUAGCUCACAUGACAAGAGUAAGAAAAGGGAGAAGAAAUCGAAGCACAAAUCCAAAAGAAGUGCAAGUGAAAUGCAAAACUUACCUCCUGGUGCUUAACUGUGGAUGGACCUUCUCCUCACACCCUUAAAAGCCGGUUUCUCUCCAGAAUACAUUCCAAAAACCUCCUGAUACCACAACAGACAAUACACACAUCUAAUGAAGAGAUGCAGAAAUUACCAGCAAUUCAUAUCGUAACAAAUGAAAUUCACACUUUAGUUGAGGCUGUGGCUCCAGAUGUUGAUUAUCUGCUUUCUUCUCUGGGAAAUAUAGAAACUCUUCGUGUUAUCAUUUCCGGCAACCGGCAAUCGGCAAUCUGGUUGGUCUUUGGAAGUUGUUAGUAUAACAGAAGAUGGAAUGUACUUUUUCUUUGAAGGUAUACAAGUAAGGCACAUUAUCAUUAAAUUCUAGAAGAACAAAGUAAAAUGAAUUGUUAGCAUUGAAGUUUUGUGUGUUCUCAGCUAUGUGAACUUAUGAUUGCAUUCAACUAUGAAACAUCAAGUAUAAAUUCAUCGAAUUUAAUGGAGUUUUGUAACAUAUAAUGGGUGGAAUAGUGUUGAAAGAAUUAAAACAAUCUAUUUAUCACCUGGAUGAAUUCUCUUUCUUCAUCAUCAAUCAAUUCAUUGCUCACGAUCCCUCAGUCAAUCAUUGUUCACGAUCCAUCAACUUAGAUGGGAUGACUCAUAUUGAUUUAACUUAAAUCUAAAUGCUACUUAAUAAUAUCAAAUAUUAAUUUUUUUUUUACUUAAGUCUUAAUGCAACUUAUUUGGUCCACAUGGGCUUCCGGUCCUCUUGGUUGGGGUUUGGUUUAAGCUCGAAUUGCACCUAGUAAUGUCCAAGUGCGCUUUUUGGUCCGACUAGAUAUAUAUAUAUAUAUAUAUAUAUAUAUAUAAUACAAAAAGUAAUUUGAUGGUUGAUAUGUCAAAUUUAUGGAAUUUUUUUAAUGAGUAAAUAAUAAUAUAAUAUUAUAACACUUUUAUUUUAAAAAAAUACUUCUAAAAAAUGUUAUCAAUUACGAGUUUAUUUAUUGACUUUUUCAUCCUUUUAACUCUCAAAAAUGUAUUUUUGUCCACUCUUGUUUGGGGAAAAACAGAAACGACGCCGUGACAACAUCACAUUUCCCCUAUAAAACCCAUAAACGUACUGUAGCAAGAGUGAAGCUUUCAUGGCGUGCCUUGUCUGCAUCAGUUUUUGUUUGCCGCUUGCUGCUUCACAAACCCUAAUUGAGCUGGUGUUUUGAGUUAAUGCUUGGCGGGACUUUCCUUCAGGAAAAGAAUCAAAGGAAAUCAGCUGUGGGCAGACUUUCAAGUCAAGCAACCACUAGAACAGGAAUGAAGCUUCUUACACCCAUUACCUCAGAUAGAAGCAUUUCUUCUGUGGAGGACUGGAGCUUCCUUCCCCAUAAAAUGGCGCCCGGGAGACGAUUUUGGGAACCUGUUUCACUUCAUUUGAAUGUAAGUGCUGGCACAGAGACUGUAAUAUGUGGUUACUGGGUAGGACCGGAUAUUGAAGAUGGCUGGGGUUUUGUAAACGCUUUUGUAAAUCAAAUUCUUUGAUUUCUGAAGGUUGUUGAACGGUUUUCCA